GAUAGCCGAUAGUCAGCUGGAAAGAAAUUUGAAAAACAAACUAUAAGUUUUCUAAGCGGGCUUACGUGUAUCUUAAUUCCAUUUCAUCAAGAUUAUGUUUGUUUGCAACAAGCGUAUAUAUGGGAUCUAUAUAAUUGGAAGAUAACCCCAGUGGCAGCAUCCGCCGCAGAAGCUCUCCGAAGAUACAUACACAAAAGUUUGCAAUCCCGUGACAAAAUGUCAACGCAGCAGCAACAAUUGGACUACAUUGAGAGGUACUUGGUGUAUGACAUUUUCCAGUACUUCGGAAAGGAUGCCGUGCUGGAGUCGCACAGUGUUGAGUGCUCCACGGGGCUCGAUGGCUUCAUGUCCGCCCUGUACACCGUUAAGCUGGAGCUGACGGUCGCCGAUCGCCGGCAAGCGGAGGUGGUGCUGGUAAAGUUCAUGAAGGGCGACGAGGCGUUCCGCAAGAGCAGCAACUCUUACAUCCAGUUUGCCAACGAGAUCUUCGGCUAUGCCGAGAUUCUGCCCGCCUACGAGCAUGUCCUGCGUGAGAGUCAUCUCUCCAGCGAUGUGGUGACCAACUGGGUGCCGCGCUGUUACUUCGCCAAGUUCGGCCAGGUGGACAAACUCUCAGCUGGUAACGAAUCGGUGCUGGCUCUGAAACAUCUCAAGGGCGAUGGCUAUGAGCUGGGCCCACGACUUAUACUGCGCCGGGACCAGCUGGAGGCCAUGGUGCGCCUGAUUGGGCCGUUCCAUGCCAUGGGCUACGCCACCCGCAUCCUGCAGCCGCAAGUGUACAACCGGCUGCGGCAGGGGAUUGUGCCCAUGCCGUUUGUUUCCCCCGAUGGAAAGGGCGGCUUUGAUGUCCUGUACCGUGUGGCCUUCGACCGAUUCUUUGGGUUCUAUGACCGCAAGAAGGAGGUACUGCUGCAGGGCACAGAUCCAGGGCUGGGAGCUGCCAUCGAACGUCUGCGUGAAAAGUACUUCGCACAACCCAACCAGCUGCUGGAGAAGAUUCGCACCCAAUCGUAUGCCGACGAUCAGCCGGAUAGCUAUUUCGCCACCAUUCUGCAUGGCGACUACAACCGCAACAAUGUCCUCUUCCACUAUGGAGCCGAUGGCAAGGUGGACGACAUCAAGGCCAUUGAUUUCCAGGAGCUGCGCUACAGCACCACAGCCAUCGACUUGAGCUUCUUCAUGUACAUGAACACUCCGUCGGCCGAGAGGGAGGAGAUCUACAGCGAUCUGCUGGUGAAGUAUCACAAGGGCAUGAUUGAGAUGCUGGAACUCGUGCUGCAGCGCCACCAGGACGAGCUCACCGAGGCGAAGGUGCAGCAGCUGCUGGAGGAGUACAGUUUCGAGCGAUUCCAGGCCCACUUCAAGCGAUACGCUUUCUACGGCGUCCUCGUCUGCAUGCACUUCAUGCCCUGGUUGCUGGGCACCGAGGCUGAUUGCGCUGAGCUAUCUCGGCUCUUUGAUACGGACAUGCACAGCGCCGCCUUCCACCAGCUCUCCAUUGAUAUAGCCGGUGACGUGGCCAACGAGGAGAUCUUCAAAACGGUGCGACACGCCUACGAGCACGGCUACAUGGACGAGAUAUAAAUAGUAAUCUCACAAUCUUAUCACCAGGCUACAUACGUGGCUAACAAGCCACCUGUUUCACGCACUUUUCCAAAAAAUUGUCUAUUGUAUCUGUUGCCUUCACGUUGAUAUUGCUGUAUGGACUCCAUAUUUUAGAGAAAAAGCCCUGUGUGAUCUAAAAUAAUGUUUUGCUGGAAAUACAUAUAGCCUUUAUAGAUAUUUUGACUCCAAAGUUCGUUUAACAUUA